AUGAGAGCUGAGAAAUGGCUCAACACCUUUGUCCGCUUCAUUGUCUUGCUAGAGAGGGCGGGUAACGGAAUCGGCACCCUAGCAUUCAUCUGGGCGACGGUGGUCGUGCUCGGCGGCUUCUCAACCUACCUGGGCGCUGAUUUCUGGGUCGCCACUUUGAUAGUCUUCCUCGAGGGUUUCAGGGCGUUUAGCAGACAAAGCAGAUCAGAUGACCAAUUAUUAUUCAAGACUACAGGAGGCAUUGACCUCAAAAGGAUCGAGCUAGGCCGUGGAUCUCUGUAUUAUAUGAAUGCAAUAAUGAUGACGGGUUGUCUUUUCGAACUGAUGCUGAGCUGCUUCCUACCUACCUUUUACCCGGCGACUGACCUCCUUUGUUUUUUGUUGUUACUGGUGAUAGUACACAAGAUGGGUUUUUACACAGUUCUUGAAUACAUUAGCGGGAAGGAGAGCCACAUGCUGUUGCAACUUUCUCCACCGGUUAUUCCCAUUAUAGUUGGGCUUUCAACCUACUAUAGAAAAAUACGUAGGAUGUAUAACUGGGCCGAUUACUCGCUUAUCCCUGUAUGGUUUGGCAUCUACAUUUUAGCAAGGUUUGGUUUGCCAGAAAAUAAUUGCCCUUUUCACAAAAGAGUUAAAUUACUAGCACGACUAUCACGUGCCAUAUUGCUUGUUGCAGCAAUUUAUAUGAUUAACACCUGGUUUGAGUCUGUCGGCUGGUUGGUGCUGUUAAGUCCAUCGGUGUUCGGCAACCUGCAAACUCCAAUGGCUCUCGCACGAAUCAUAGUGUCAUGGGCGUGGCUUUUCUGGAAUGAGAUUCAAAUUCAUGACACCAAAAACGAAAAUGUCAGGCUAGCGGUUAUGGCCUUGUACAUAAUGGUGUUGAGCCAAGGGAUACUAUAUUUGACGGCGUGCUUACUAGAGUCAUUAUCCUUCUUGUUUCGGAGAUCACUAGCCCUUGCAUGUGCACUCGUAGAUGAGAUGGGGAUGGACUCAAUUGAUCUCUACUAUGAACAAGCCUACGACACCUUCUUGCAAGAAAGUCUCUUCGACACUACAAAGAAGAUGAGCCUUGUCACUUUUGCUGUGGUUUGCCUAAACCCAGACGCCUCACGAGACAAGAAGCGCGCUGCUGUUCGUAUCCUGCACUCCUUUGUGCAACAGCAAAACAAGACCUGUUGUUCCGGGACAGAGCUCAUCUCUCUAAUCACAACAUCUACCAAGGCAGUGACAGCCUUGAUUAGCAUGUUGGGUUGGACAGUCACCGAAGACGCAGAUAUCAGGCUAUUCGCUGCAAAGGUCACAGCUCAUCUUGCUCCAUAUCUACGGAUCGCCGGGACUGCUGGAACCAUGCAGAUGGUGUCUUCACUUCUUGACGCCCAAGAUCAACCAAUGACACAUCAAAUUUCAAUCCUGAUUGUGGAUGGCAAUGGAGGUAAUGGAGAUGCUCUUCAAAUAAGCAAUGGUUCAAGUUCUCCAUCAAGGAAUUCAACUUUGGACACUGAAGGAGGUCAUGCAUCAGCAGUGCGAGGUUGCUCUCUGGUACACACAUUCUUUCUUUUUCUGAUAGGGUGGAUACACAGAUUUUGGCAGCACCUUAAGAAAAUGCAGGCAAUUCCACAGAAGGGUUUGAAGGAUAACCACUCGCUCCCUGCACUGGGCAUGCAAAUCCUUGAAGGGCUUUCUCACGAUCUCCACAAUUGUGAAGAAAUCAGUAGGGAAACAGAGCUCAUCCCAAAGAUCAUAGGAUUCAUAAGCUGCAUUCCUGGCACAACAACAUCGCAGCGGGAAGAGAUCGUCACUUCAUCAUUGAAAUUAGUUGAAAAGCUUGCAAGCGUCAAGGGGGAAGUCGGCAUAAAACUGCGGCAAAAGAUUUCUGAGAAUUCAUUCCUAAUUGGUGACCUCGCCGAGAUCUUGGAGAAUGAGGGCAACUCGAGCUACCUAGUACAAUCAAAGCUGGUUAUAGAUAUCAUCACCAAGAUCACCACAGAUACAAAAACUAGGCAGGAGAUUGGGACGGUACAAGUUAUCAUUGACAAGUUGGUGCAGCAGUUUAUUGGGGAAGAGGAGUCAUCAAAUCCACUGCAAGCAGAGGCAGGGGAAGCACUUGCGAUGUUGGCAAUUGAUAGCCCUGACAACUGCUCUGCUAUAUUGGACAAAACAGAUUUUGAGCUUAUCGGGGAUCUCGCCAACAAGCUUCAGGGUGGUACUCACAUGUGCCCAGCAGCAAGUCUACUCCGGAGUCUCUGCAAAAACUCAAGGCAAUUAGUGCUGAGACAUGAAGGUUCAAACAAUCACCUGCCAUCUACAUUAACAGUAGUCUUGGGAAGAAUAAAGGAUGCAGAUGGCAAGCAGGUGGAGGCCCUAAUCGGCCUAGCUUCACAAAUCUGCAGUGUCAUGUCAGAACGCAUUGCCCCUGUUUUGGACACGUUUGCAGAUGAUGGGGCAUUUGUUAAAAAACUUGUGGGUGAACUCAAUGCUCGCAUGAAACCAAGUCCUGAUGAAUUUCCAGAAAUGAGAAGCCUGCUGAUUGAGCUCACAGUAUCCAUUGUGGAAUUCUGCCCUUACUACGCACCCAUCUUCAAGGAGCACAAGAUGAUGGAAGCCCUGUCCAAGGUGGAACGUUACACGGGGGAGGUUUCAGAGGAGGCCAGAGCUCUGCGCGCCAUUGUCACCACUGCAAAGAGGCUGAUCGGCGCCAAUACGCCGUGA